AUGGAUGUUGAGGAUGUUAACAAAGGUUUGCUCGCGGUCAAUCUGUCUAGUGAUACUAGGAAACACAUUCGUGCCAAAUGGGCACAUGCACUUAUUGUCAAGGUUUUUGGCAGAUCUGUGGGAUUUCAUUACUUACAUGCUAAGGUGAUGAAUCUGUGGAAGCCAACGGGUAGGCUUGAUUGUGUUGAUUUGGGGAAAGACUUUUUCCUUAUAAGGUUUGGUCUUGUGGAAGACUAUAAUAAUGUAAUCAAAGGCGGACCCUGGUUCGUUGGAGAGCAUUUCUUGACUAUUAUAGUGUGGGAGCCCAACUUUAGGCCUGCAAAUGCGGUGUUUAAUAUGUUUGCGGUUUGGAUUAGACUCCCCGAAUUGCCUAUCGAAUACUAUGAGUUGAGUGUUCUUAGAGAGGUGGGUAACACCAUUGGUCCAGUCCUCAGGAUAGACUCAAACACGGCAACGGAGGUGCAAGGUCAAUAUGCCCGUAUUUGUGUCCAGGUGGAUCUGAACAAGCCUCUGGUGCGAAAAAUCCUGCUUGAAGGCUGGGUUCAGGAAAUCCAAUAUGAGGGCAUCAAUACCCUUUGCUUUUCUUGUGGGCGAGUUGGGCAUCAGUAG